AUGCCAGACAGAAAACCGCGGGUUGUCUCGCUAGGAGCACCCCGGUACGUUGGCGACGACUAUCUCGCGGAAUUCGCCCGGGAAUUCGACUACUCCGCGCUGGAUGCGUAUGAUCGCAGAACAACCAAGGAGCUACUGCCACUGGACAUACAAAAGAAUGGCCCCGUGGACGCCUUCAUAAUCCGCAUGGGAACGCUCCCCUACGAGCCGUUCGACGCGGAUCUCCUCUCGGCCUUGGUUCCUGGGUGUAAGAUAAUCACCUCCGCCAGUGCUGGGUAUAACGAAUUCGACGUCGACUGGAUGGCCAAGCACGGAGUCUGGUUCUGCAACACCGUCGACGCCGUGGCUGAGGCAACGGCGGACAUGGCCAUUUUCUUAGCGCUGGCUGCGCUGAGAAACACCACCAACGCCGAGAAGAGUGCGCGCACCGGCACCUGGAGAAGCGCAGCGGGCCUGGUCCCUGCGAAGGAUCCAUCGGGACUGACCCUGGGAAUUAUCGGGCUCGGCGCCAUUGGCAAGCACAUUGCCAGGAAAGCCGCCGUGUUCAACCUGAACAUCGUCUACUACAACCGAAACAAACUGUCCGCCGAGGAAGAAGCCAGGUACGGCGUCUCAUACUGCAGCUCCCUGCACGAGCUGCUGGCCGUGUCGGACAUCGUCUCCGUCAGCUGCCCAUUGAACGCCCGCACGGCCGGCCUCAUCGGUCCGGCCGAGUUCGCCGCGAUGAAAGACGGCGUGUUCCUCAUCAACACCGCCCGCGGUCCAGUGGUCGACGAGAAGAGCUUGAUCGACGCCCUCGAGUCCGGCAAGGUCGCACGGGCUGGUCUGGAUGUCUUCGACAAUGAGCCGAACAUCAACCCGUACUUUCGGACGAGCGACAAGGUUAUCAUCCAGCCGCACUUGGGAGGGUUGACGGACAUGGCGUUCCGGAAGGCUGAGAGGGAGUGCUUUGAGAAUAUUCGCGCCUUGUUCCAGCGGGGGAAGCCGAAUUCUCCGGUGCUUCAGAUUAAGAGUGGAUAG